AGAGCGGCAAGAUGUCAUCGAGCUGAAUAUCAACAAACUUAUUUACCUAUUUAUCAUAUUCACUUUGACGCCUCUCCUCAUUUUGCGACUGCUCUUACUUCUGGUCAAUGAACUUGAUACAAAAUGUCGUACCGCGCUCCCUUCGUUGUCCCCGCUAUCAAGAAGCAUACUGCGACUGUCAUCAUGGCGCAUGGUUUGGGCGACAGUGGAGCAGGCUGGGUCGGACUUGCACAGAACUGGCGUCGCCGAAACAAAUUCGAAGAAGUCUCGUUUAUCUUCCCUAAUGCGCCUAUGAUUCCGAUUACAGUCAACAUGGGAAUGACAAUGCCAGGUUGGUACGACAUUGCUCAUUUAGGCCAAGACAUGGACUUCGAAGAAGCCCAACGAAACCAAGACGAACCCGGAAUCCUGAAAUCUCGCGACUACUUCAACACCCUCAUCAAAGAAGAAAUCGACAAGGGCAUCGAGCCCUCUCGCAUUAUACUGGGUGGCUUUUCUCAAGGUGGUGCCAUGUCUUUGUUUACCGGUAUCACAUCGCCAUAUAAACUAGGCGGAAUAUUUGGGUUGUCAUGCUAUUUGUUACUUUCUACGAAACUCAAGGAAUUUUCGCCUCCAGGCGGGGAAUUGCCAAAUGCCAAAACACCGUUCUUCGUGGCUCAUGGAUAUGAGGACCCGGUAGUUAAGUAUGAGUUUGGUGAUAUGACACAGAAACGUCUUAAGGGGAUGGGGUUUGAUGUUGAGUUUCAUAGUUAUCGUGGUCUUGGGCAUUCUGCGGAUCCGCAGGAAAUUGAAGAUUUGGAAACGUUUAUGGCCAAGGUUCUGCCACCUACGGCGAGUGAUGAAUCUGCUGGACUGUGACUACAGUCGAGGAGUCCUGUCUCUCUUCCCACAACGAUAACGAUUUUCGGUUUGACUUUACUCUUAGUGGCGUUAAUUCUGGACAGAUUCAGGCGCAGAAAACAUAUAAAAGUCGCCUAGAACUCAUUACUGUACAUUUUGAAACGUCUCUCUCUAGUACAUUGCGCAUUCUGAAUUUCAUAAUGAAAUGUCAUGAACACUACGUGAUAAAUUUUGCAUGUGAUCAUCGUCCUCGAGACUUCGAUCUGUGAUACCUUCAGGAGACACCAGAAAUAAGUAGAAUACGAGGCUAUACAAAUGUUUCAAUAAUUCGAUAGACAUACUAUA